UCUAUUAAUCUGUGGUCAUACGUCAUCGAGUCUCGAUUAGUCUCUCCAAUUUUAUUUAGACAAAAAUAUGAUUGCCAGAGAAAAAAAUAACAGAAAAUAAUUAAUAAAAAAUUCAAUGUAAUAAAUUAAUUAAUUAACUGCUGGAUACCUUUGACAGUUCACACCUCGUCACACAGAUACACACACACACACAUAUGUUUGCAUAUACACUCGGCUGGUUCUUUGUAUUGACCCACCCACACCUUCUUCCGUAGAGCGUUCGUCCGUCAUCUCAGAUUGCUCUCAACCUCCUUGGCCUCUCAGCCUCCUCGUCGUCGGGGAGGAGACAAAGGGUCGAGCGUCGAAUAUCUACGUGUUCGUCGUCGCCGAGAGUCGAUCGGGUCGACGAGAUCGAUCAUGUGACAGCAGGAAUCGCAUGUCUGUGCGACGCGAGGUCGUCGCGAGAGCGCAGCGCCCUGAAGGGAGAAAAAAGAGGGAAAAGCGAGUCGAACGAGUGAGCAUCCCGGGAACUGUCAGAUUGACCGCGCCUGGGCGUCACUGGGCAUCGGAGGCGACAACGUCGCGGCACAUGUUCCGAAGACGCGCCGAGAGAUAACUUGCGACAGGUGAACGUUCUAUCCUUGGCAGAACAAUGACUUCGGAUUACUUCGAUUUGCCGAUUAAUAAUAUGGACAGAGUGUGCAGGAUUUGUCUCACCGAGGGUACCAAUCUAUCGUCAAUCUUCUCCGCUAAUGAAGAAGUAAACGAUUUCUCGGGUCUCCCUCAGAAAAUACAAGUCUGUGGUUCCAUCGAGAUUCACGAACAGGAUGGAUUGCCUUCUUUGAUAUGCGACGUUUGUAUUUAUAAGGCGAGGAUUGCGCACGAAUUCAGAGAGCAAUGUCAACAUUCCGAUGCAAGAUUACGCAUGUACUAUAACAAGCCUGCUAAAUGUAAUAUUACGGAUUCCUGUACACAGACAGAUCUACAAACAAAAUUUGUACUAUCGACAAAGACAGAUCAUAUUCAAGAGGAUUAUUAUGUGAAACAACAAGAUAUGCAGGUGGUUGCAAAUCCACAAGAGUACAUUCAAUCCACUGACUCGUUUUCCAGAGACGAAAUCAAUUUAAAUACCAAUCAAAUUCACAUGUCCGAUGAUAAGCUAUUUAUAUGUUCUAUCGGAUUUGAGGGGAGUAAAGAAGAAGGGAAAGAUUCCUGCAUAUCGGAGAGCGAGGUUCAUCAGAUGACAAUGGUGCAGGAGGAAGAUGCACAGGAGGAUGCGUCUAACAUUAUGAAUCUGCAAAAUAAAGAUGAUGAGACCAAGGAAAUUGAUCAGUACAUAGAGAAAGACUGUACGGAACAGGAGGAGUUUGUCAGUGAGAGCUUACCUAAUGAUAAUGUAGAAGAGGAGGAGAGCGUCCCACAGAAACGCACGUCCAUGAGGAAAACGAAAAUGACAUCGACUAAUAAGACGUACAGCGACGACGAGAUCGGCGACAAUUAUUACGAGCCGAGCAGCGAGAGUCAAGAUUCCGUCGACUUGAAAUUCAAAUGUAAAGUCUGCUCCAAAGAAUACACCACGCAAAAGGGUCUGAAGAAGCAUUCGCUGGUCCAUGAGAAAAAGUACAAAUGCAACAUCUGCUUAAAGAUGUUUUACAAACAGGAGAACAUGGAGAACCAUCAGAAGAUACACGCGUCGAAACCGCACGCGUGUCAACUCUGUCACGCGUCAUUCUCAAAAUCCCAGAGCCUCGUGAAACACCUGAAAUCUCAUACGGAGAAGGUGAACGAUAUGAUCAAGCAGAUCAAUACGAGCGAGCGGAAGGAUAAUAAGGAACCGAAAAAAGAGCUCAAACUCGAGGACGACACCGACGACGAAACCGGGCCUGCGAACGAAACGGACGAGUUCGAGAAUGCGCCUGAAUUGUACAAAUGUGAGAUUUGCAAUCAAUACUGUUCGUCCCUAAAGAACCUGAGAAGGCACGCCCUCGUGCACGGCGAUAAGAAGUACUCGUGCACCGUAUGCAAGAAGUGGUUCUUCAGGCCAGACACGUUGAAGAAACACGCGGAGAAGCAUGGACACGGAUUGUUGGACAAUCUCGCGGACGACAAUAAGCUGUACGAUUCGGACGACGACGAUACGCCUGCUAACAACAUCGCGGACACUCCUGUACAGGAAAGCGAGAACGUGAAGAAAGAGGAGAGCGACGAGGAGGGAGGUUCCGGAGAGUAUAAGUGCCAGCACUGCGACAAAGUCAUGGCCACGAAGAAGGGUCUACGACGCCACGUGUCGAUGCACAAACCGAAAGCCGAACCCGUGACCUGCGAGGUCUGCAGGAAGGUCUGCGCUAGUCAGGCUCGUCUCAUUCUUCAUCAGAGAACGCACAAGCCGAAAGAGAAGGUUCCGCGCGAAUAUUUAUGUCACAUUUGUAGCAAGGUGUAUCCCAGCAACUCGUCCUUGACGUAUCACAUGCGAACUCACACCGGCGUUAAGCCGCAUGUGUGCAAGACCUGCAACAGCGGCUUCACCACGACGACGAGUCUGGCAAAUCACAUUCGCAUUCAUACAGGCGACAAGCCGUUCGUCUGCCACGUCUGUUCAGCCGCGUUUGCCGUGAGCUCGGCCUUCCGUAGACACCUGACUCGACACACCGGCGAGGCGAAUUAUCUCUGCAAGACCUGCGGCAAGGCCUUCAAGCGUCUCAGUACCUUGAAAGAGCACACGUACACCCAUUCUGGCGAGAAGCCGUACGUAUGUAAGACCUGCGGAGCCGCGUACAGUCACAGCGGCAGCCUGUUCGCGCACCAGAAGCGCUGCCGCGCCCAAUACGGCGAGAUGAUCGUCGACGAUCACAAUCAUCAUCAUCAUAUACCGCACUCGGUCACUCAUAUUCACGUCAACAUGAAUAAUGUGAAUAAUGGUGCGGGAGUGCGACCAGUCGCUGUGAUAGGCCAAAUGUUCUAAGAUCAGAGAUGUGUGUUCCGUAGACUUUGGCAUUUCGGAGAGUAACUGUGUUUACUGUAUGCAAAUCCUGAUCCUGUGUUGAGCCAGCAAGUGUGUGUUCACACAUUACAAUGAAACACGAAUUACAAUGUCACCUGUAAAUAUCACCACGCAGCUUCUUUUGGACAAUAAGAAAAAAACAUUCUUUGAGUAUACCUUGCACUUGUGUACAAGGCUGUUGUAUGUUAGUGUUUUGCUUUUAGAAACACAGUAAAUCGGUGGUGUCAUUGAAUUAUAAUAUGACAUUGCGAAGAACAAAGUUUUCCAAAUAAAAUGUAAUAAAUUGCCAUGAUUAAAGUCGCAAACUAUUUUUUUAUUAUUUGUGAUGUCAUAGGUAUGAAUAUAUGUGGGUGCUGCACAUAUAUCAAUAUCAUGUGUAUAUAGAUAUAUAUAUAUUUUUAUACCCAUACAAGAGAACAUAUAUACACACACAUAUAAUCCAGAUCUUGUUGUACCACAUAUUACACGAUAAUUGUUCAUAUUACUGCAUUAUUUAGAAGCAAAUAAAUAGUUUGCUUUCA